AUGUACAAGGGCACAAGAGCCAAGGUGGUAACCUCAGAUGGCAUCAGCGAGGAGUGUGAAAUCCUAACAGGGGUGCAGCAGGGAGACACUCUUGCUCCCUUUCUCUUUAUCAUAGGUCUAGACUACGUGCUUAAGAAAGCCAUCAACCCGUGGGAGCAGGAGCUUAGCUUCACAAUUAUACCAAGGAUGUCUAGAAGAAGUCCUGCUGUAGCCCUGGCAGACCUGGACUUCACAGGUGACAUCUGCCUGGUGUCUGACCACAUGGAGCAGGCACAGGAACUACUGAACAGAGUGGAACUGGAAUGUGCUAAGGUUGGCCUCAGACUGAAUGCGAAGAAGACUGAGGUAAUUACCUCCAACUCCCACGUGGACCAUCCGCCCAUUACAACCUCAGAUGGCAACACUCUGCGAGAGGUUAGGAAGGCACUAGCGGGAAGGGCCUUGAACGGUAUGUCAAGAGUGUGGUGCUCGAAUCUCUCCAGACACAUAGCUGUUCUGAAUGUGGACCAGAACAUCCACAUUACCAACAAGGACCUGUAUGGGCAACUGCCGAAGCUCAGCAAGAAGGUAGCAUCUGGGAGGAUGAGGCAGGCCGGCCACUGCCAUAGACAUCAGGAGCUCCCGACCAGCAGGCUGGUCCUAUGGGAACCAACACACGGGCACCGUUCAGUGCUAACGUAUGUGAAUGUCCUGAAGAAGGAUGCGGGAGCUGAAAGCCCUUCAGAGCUGGCCGGGAGUAUGGAGAAUCUUGAGGAUUGGAGACUAUGAUGGAAGAAAUAUUCACCAAUGAGAGCACAGAGUGUUCGGCGCGAAAUAAAGCUACAAGCAUAAACUCUGGCGUCAUCUACUGAGUUAAAACCAAACACUGUUGGUUGUGCAGCCUUCAUGGACCAGGAAACACAGAACACAUUUGUCAACUACAUUUCAAGAGUCAAUGGCCCUUUUUGGUUUGAUACGUGUGGUACAAGUUGCGCUUUCACGAAUGUUAGCUGGCUCGGCUGCUCAAACUACAGACCCGGUCAGCUACAAAAUAACAUACUGUGUUGAUCUGAAACUUCAGUCCAUGAGUUUACCAUUUCUGAAAACAUUAUCGACGACUGUUACGGUAAGAGGGAGUUGUUCAUACGGUCUCUUUUUCGUGAAAGCAGUGAAAAAAAUGUUAUUCAAAGGUACCAAUACAAGCAAAACAAAUCAAAGAAGUAGUAAAAGAUUGACUCAAUUAUGAUAUUUAAGAAACAAUAAAAGAGAUUAAAGUAACAGAAUGAGAAAAAAAAGCAAUCGGAUAAACUGAAAGAAAGUCUGGAUGAGAGUCUUUAAGUUGCCAAAUGUGGAGUAGAUUGAAAAAGUACCCCUCAUGAAAAUGGAUUAAAAGAAAACUGCGUUCAGAAACUUCAUCCAUUGUUGUUAAAUGACUCCCAACGAAACUGAGCAGUUACUGUAAUUCCCCUGAUCUGACGCACAAUACGGCGCGCUCGGUAAAUGAUGAUUCGUACUGAGUAAAAGCUGUCGGGUUAACAAUAAUGUGGCGUCCUCCCUGUUCUCACUACAGGGAACAGGCAGCAAAUGAAAACCCGAACAGCGUCCCUGAAGCUGCUGGGAUUAACGAAAUCGUGUGCCGGAGCACUUGA